UCUUCACCCAAGGUCAAGUUAUCGCCUGGCGCAUGCGCAUACCGGUGAGGUGCUGGACCGCGGGUGGGGAGAGCCCGGAAAAGCGCUCUGUUUCCUUUAUUUAUAUCGGAGUGCUUGCGCAGGCGUGGUUGUCAGUCUUACACUAAGGAACGAAGGUCGGUAGUUGUCUGUCGCCGCCGCUUCUGCCUCAUCUCCUCUCCUCUCGUCUUUUCCGGGCCGUUUCCAGACGGCAGAGGGCCCAUGGCGAUGAACUACAACGCCAAGGCGGACGGGCAGCCGGGAGGCAGCGGCCUUGGGGCGUCCGGCGGGGCGUCCGGCGGAACCGCCACCAAGAGUCGCAAGCCCGACAACACGGCGUUCAAGCAGCAGCGCCUGCCGGCCUGGCAACCCAUUCUCACCGCCGGAACUGUCCUGCCGGCUUUCUUCGUCAUCGGCCUCAUCUUUAUCCCCAUCGGCAUCGGCAUCUUCGUCACCUCCAACAACAUCCGCGAGUACGAGAUUGACUAUACGGGAAUAGACCCAAAUAGUCCCUGCAAUAAAUGUUUAAAUGUAUCUUGGAAUGACCCACCCUGCCACUGCGUCAUUAACUUCACACUGGAUCAGUCUUUUGAGGGCAAUGUGUUUAUGUACUAUGGAUUGUCCAACUUUUACCAAAACCACCGCCGAUAUGUAAAGUCUCGGGAUGAUAGCCAGCUAAAUGGAAAUAACGCUUCUUUGUAUAAACCUAGUAAGGAGUGUGAACCUUACCAUACAAGUGAGAAUAAACCUAUUGCUCCUUGUGGAGCUAUUGCCAACAGCAUGUUCAAUGAUACAUUGACACUUUCUCAUUUUGACCACAAUACAUCUAAGUCCAUAACUAUUCCUCUGAUUAAAAAAGGCAUUGCUUGGUGGACAGACAAAAAUGUUAAGUUCAGGAAUCCUACUGGUGAUACAGAUAAUCUGACAAUACUUUUUCAAGGCACAUCAAAACCUGUCAAUUGGCGCAAACCAGUGUAUAUGUUAGAUUCAGAUCCAGACAACAAUGGAUUUAUCAAUGAAGACUUUAUUGUAUGGAUGCGUACUGCAGCACUGCCUACAUUCCGUAAGCUGUAUCGUCUUAUAGAGAGGCAAGAUAGCUUACAUCCUACUCUGCCAGCUGGAAAGUAUUCUUUGGAAAUACAAUAUAAUUAUCCUGUGCAUAGCUUUGAUGGACGGAAACGGAUGAUCUUGAGCACCAUUUCAUGGAUGGGAGGCAAAAAUCCAUUUCUGGGAAUAGCGUAUAUAACGGUUGGCUCCAUUUGUUUUUUUCUUGGAGUAGUGCUGCUUAUCAUUCAUCACAAAUAUGGAAACCGGAACAAUAGUGCAGAUAUUCCCAAUUAAUCUAAGUGCUCCAAAUCACAUGUACUGCAUGUGCAUCAAGGCGAGUCCAGAGUGGACACAGCUUUUGAAAGCUAUAUCCCUGAUAGUUGCUUCUGAGACAGAAUA